AUUUUAUUAGGGGGUGCCCGCACCAUUUUCUUUUAUUUCUUUUAAUUUGCAGAGGAGGCGUCGUGUGCAGCUAUAGAAACACAAAAGUAGAAAAGAGAGAGAGAGAGCCUCUUUAUGCUUUCUCGCUCUUCCUUCUAUGACCCAUUAUUAUUUCAGGUCAAUCUCUGUUUGUCCAUUCACAUAACGUGUAACAAGUUCCGAAACUUGCUCUCAAAAAGUCCCAUUAAGAUCCAACUCUUUAUAAUUGCAUACAUCUGGAAAGACGUCUUUUUUUUAUUGUUUGACGUUUCAGCUAGUAAGAAAAAAUGGUGUCGGCGAACCGUGAGAUGGUGGUUUACUGCUUCGACACGCUCGUCGCUCACUACAACAGCGAGGAUGCUCCUCCCCCCGCCUUCGAUGACGGUCACCACCCAUUGUUCGUUACUUGGAAGAAAGUGGUGAAUGGAGGGGAGCCACGUUUACGUGGAUGUAUUGGAACUCUAGAGGCUCGAUGGUUGAUUAAUGGCUUCAAGGACUAUGCACUAAACAGUGCUCUGAGGGACCGCAGGUUUUCCCCUAUACAGGCUAAAGAAUUACCAUCUUUGGAGUGUACGGUUUCCAUUCUGACUGAUUAUGAAACUGCUAACCACUAUCUUGAUUGGGAGGUUGGAAAGCAUGGUAUAAUUAUUGAGUUUACUGACCCAGCCAAUAAUACACGACGAAGUGCCACAUAUUUGCCUGAGGUGGCUGCUCAUGAAGGUUGGACAAAAAUUGAGGCAAUAGACUCACUGAUGCGAAAAGCAGGCUACAAUGGCAGUAUUACUGAGUCACUCCGGAAGCGCAUACAACUGACUCGUUACCAGAGCACACUGUUUACAAUGCAAUACAGUGAAUAUGUUGCCUAUGUCAAGGCAACCAGAGGUGCAGCUCCGUCUAUUCUUGGGGCUAAGCCCGAGAAUCAUUGAUUCUUCCAAAUAGCUUUUGCUUAUUAGAGCACAAAGCUAGUUUCGUCUUAGACAAAAGAAUAUUUAAAACAGAACAAAACUGGGUUGGAAUUUAUUUGUUUGUGUUCCAUCCCAGACACCAAGUAAUUGCUGUGACCUGUCAAUAUGAUUCUUCAAACUCAUUUGAUUUUGGAGAAAGAAACCAAAAAGAACGGGUUUCCUUCAUUUCAGUACCCAACAUCUAUGUUCAGCAGCUUCUCUGGGAAAGCUGUGCUAGCAAGAAUUUCACAGUUUGUAACUUGAAAAAUCACCCCUGGGUGUUCUAUCUGAUAGACUGAUUAUAUUCAUCUUCA